AUGAGGCUCCUCAUCCUGGCCUUCCUCAUAAUAUGCUGCCGCUCUGUGUACAAUGUGGAAGGUGUGGGGACUGAAGUCCCAGAGAAGACCAUCUGUUUGAGUUUCCAUAUCCAGCCACUGCCAGUCCAUAGAAUCAAGGCCUACACCUUUAAGGAGGGCCCCAUGAAAGCAGUGAUUUUUAUUACCAAACGUGGCCUGAAAAUCUGUGCUGACCCAGAAGUCAAGUGGGUGAAAGCAGCAGUUAGAAGUGUGAACAAAAAUUCCACAAUCAGAAAAGGCAUGGUCUAGACCUAGUUUACAGGAGCCCAACAAUCCACAAACCCUGAUGUGACCCUGACUGGGUAG